AUGUAUGAAAAAUCAAAAAUUCCCGAUAAGUUAAAGAAAAAUACGCGUGUAAAAGCAACUUUGGCGUGUACAUUUUGUCAAUAUCGUAAAAUCAAAUGUAGUGGUGUUAAACCAUGUACUAAUUGUAUUAAGCAUCAACAAGACUGUCACUAUGUAAAUUUACCAAUUCGACGUGGACCAAGAAAAGUGGAUGUUGAAAUAAUUUUCUGUAAAGAAAAGAGAGUUGCAGAUGCACACAGAGCGGAAUCUUAUCAAAAAAGUUUACAUUUAAUGACGGAUGAACAAAUGAACAAUUCUUCUCAAGAAAACGUAGUAACAACAAACUUGAACACUUCACAACCUGAAAUUGCAAGCCUUAUUAACUAUAAUAAUGACAUUCAUCCCAUUUAUAAUCAUAAAUAUGAUCAAGAAUUUAUUUCAUUAAACAAUAUUACUCAAAUUCCUCAAUAUCCAAUAACUGAAAUUCCUUUAAACGUUAAUACUGAAUUUCAAAUUGCAGGCGUUAUGACUAAUCCUUUAUUGCCUCCGCGUCCAAUUAUUUCAAUGACAGGACAGUAUAUCAAUUUACCUCCCAUCAGCGAGGCUACAUCAACAAACAAAACCAUAUCCCAAAAUAAUUUUCAUCAAAUGCAAACCCCUCAAUUUUCAUUUAACCCGAAUCUAUAUAAUGUAUACAAUACAAAUUCUCUUGAAUCCGAUUUUCGUUAUGCUAAUUUUCCCGCUGAACUCGAAUCUUAUUAUAGUAACACUGAAAUAGGAAUUAAUUUAUUUCGACAAUAUUAA